AUGCCUACUAUUGGAGCAAUGGAUAGAUUCCUGAGCUCAGUGGGUAAAUUUUCAGUUAAGCCACAAAUCUAUUACCAUAAUGAAGGUUAUUUUGUGAUAAGAUUUAGCAAUUUGGAGGAAAGAGACCAGGUAUUAUAUUCUGGACCUCACAUAUUCAACAACAAGCCUAUAAUCAUGAAAGCAUGGUCAGAAGAGUUCAAUGUACAAGACAAAGUUCUGAAAACUAUUCCCUUGUGGGUGAGAUUCCCUAACCCACCUAUCAAUUGUUGGAGUAUGAAAGCAUUAAGCAAGAUCGGUAGUACAUUGGGGAAUCCGGUGUAUGCUGAUGAAUGCACUAUUGGCUCAAUUAGGAUUUCUUAUGCAAGAAUGCUAAUUGAAAUGGAUAUCACUAAACCUCUACCUAGGUCUGUGAAGCUACAAGACCCUACGGGGAGGUUAAUCCUACAGGAAGUUACUUAUGACUGGGAGCCAAAAUACUGCACAAAGUGUUUGAAAAUAGGACAUGAUUGUGCUGAGAUUAAAACAGCACAAUCACAAAGGAUGAUUCAACAGAGGAAGGUGAUCAAAGGCAAGCAAGUCUGGCUCAGAACAGAUAGAGAUGGUGGAAAUGAAAAGAAGGUGAAUGAACAACAGAAAAUAACUGAGCCUACUCAACAGUCAGAGCCAGAAUCAAAAGACAAAGAUGCACAAAAAAGGAUGAGGGGUGGAUAA